AUGGAUCCACCACCACCAGGACGCGGGGAGGACAGAUCCGCCACCGCCGAGCCGUGGGGAGGAUGGAUCUGCCGCCGCCAGUCCAUUGGGAGCACGGAUCUGCCGCCGCCGAGCCGCGGAGGCACGGAUCCACCGCCGCCGGGCUCCUCCAACCGCCUCCCCACUCCCAGAGGAUUAUGUCUUGCAGAUGCAUUCAGGAGAUUCAAAGGAGAGGAUGGCAGGUUCAUCAAUACUGGAAUAGCUGAUGAACCGAGGGGGUUAUUAAGUUUAUAUAAUGCAGCACAUCUCCUCAUCCAUGAUGAGCCGGAACUUGAAGAAGCAAUCUCUCUUGCAAGACACCAUCUUGAAUUAAUGAGGGGUGGAGGUGGGCUCAAACCCCCUCUAGCUGAUCAAAUCAACCGUGCCCUAGAUUUACCAUUACCAAGAGCCUACAAGAGAAUAGAAACAUUGCAUUAUAUGCUGGAGUAUGGGCAGGAAGAAGGGCACAAUGUGGAUCUUCUGGAUCUUGCAAAGCUAGAAUUUAACCUGCUGCAGCAUGUCCACUUGAAGGAGCUCAGAAAUUUUUCUCAGUGGUGGAAAAAUAUCUAUGGAUAUGUGCAACUAAGUUACGCCAGGGAUCGUGCGGUGGAAAGUUACCUUUGGUCCUAUGUCGUGUUCUACGAGAAAGAUUUAGUGCUUUCACGGAUGAUCUUUGCGAAGAUAUUUGCACUGCUUGUAACUAUGGAUGACACGUAUGAUGACUAUGCCACCAUCGAGGAAAGCAGGAAGCUGAAUGAAGCGAUACAAAGCUGGGAUGAAAGUGCUAUAUCUUUACUACCAGAGUACAUGACAAAGUUCUACAAUACAUUGCUGAACAACUUCAAGGAGUUUGAGGCUCAAGUAGAUGUCAGUGGUCAGUACAGGGUUCUGCGCAUAAAAAAAGAGUUCCAAAAGUUAUCUGCAUAUUAUCUCCAAGAAGCUGAAUGGUCUCAUCAAAAUUACAAGCCAAGCUUUAAGGAGCAGGUGGCUUUGUCUACUUUAUCAUCAUCAAUGCCACUACUUUGUGCAAUUACUACAGUUGGCCAGGAUGAUGUAGUAACGCGGGAAGCAUUUGAGUUGGCAACACAACAUAAUAGUGCAGUAUUAGCUUGUGGAAAGAUAUUACGCUUCAUGAACGACAUCGCUGCAUUCAAGUCUGGAAGAAAGAACAAGGGAGAUGCCACAAGCACCGUGGAGUGCUACAUGAAUGAGCACAAGGUAACAGGCGAGGAAGCCAUAGCCAGAAUCGAUUCAAUAAUAGAAGAUGAAUGGAAAACCCUAAAUGAAGUUCGGUGUGAGCAUCCUCAGCUACUCCCUGCGGUGCAACGAGUUAUGAAUUUAGCUAUUUCUGUGCCCUUCUUUUACAACAAGAGGAGCGAUGCAUACACAUCCUCUAAAUAUCUUCAUAAGAUUGUUGAAUGUCUCUUUGUUACUCCCAUUCCCAUAUAGACCAUAGUUUAUCAGCUACCAGCAAUGUGGCCAUAUGUCUAUGUACUUUUAUGAUGUCGGUGGCUAUGUACCACCUGUAAUAAUUCUUAUGCGUGUAUACUGCACGUACAUUGGUAAACAAUUAAAAGUAAA